UAGUAAACAGAUUGGAGUGAAUUCUAGAACGUACCUUAUGGGUCAUUUCAAAAGUCAGGUGACUGCUAACCCAACUUUAAGGUUAUUGAGAGAGGACGCAUAAAUCUUCAGUUUUUAUUAAAAAAUGGCACUUCAUUCAGCUAUAAAGGGGAAACUUGUCUCAGUUAUUGGUGAUGAGGAUACCUGUGUGGGUUUCCUUCUGGGGGGAGUUGGAGAGAUAAAUAAAAAUAGACAUCCAAAUUUUAUGGUAGUUGAUAAGAAUACCAGUGUCAGUGAAAUUGAAGAGUGCUUCAAAAGAUUUGUGAGACGAGAUGAUAUUGACAUCAUCCUCAUCAAUCAGAAUGUAGCAGAGAUGAUUCGUCAUUGUAUUGACAGUCACAUGCAACCCAUUCCAUCAGUAUUAGAGAUUCCAUCAAAAGACCACCCAUAUGAUCCCACAAAGGAUUCUAUUCUGCGUCGAGCUAGGGGGAUGUUUAAUCCAGAUGAUUUUAAGUAAACAUCAUACAUGCCAGUCACUUUUUUAAUAUUUAUAAGGAAAUGACAUGUGCACACAUAUUUAGUGUUCAUAUUUGGGGAGUUAAUAGUAUCCUAUGUAAAUGGUGGUAACACAAAUAUGGACUAUGUAAUGUACAGUAAUAAUACCUUUUGUUGUGGUGGAAUAAUAUGUAUAUAAUUAUAGUGUAUUAUAUUGAAAAGUUAUGUUCUGCUUCCAUUAAAACCAUGAGAAUUCAUUCCAUUAUGUUUGUAAAAGAGAUUUUAUUGAGCACAAAAAUGUUAAAAUUCACUUACACUUUGCAUAUCUUAUAAUUCUAGAGCCACAAAAAUAAAUUGGUUUAACAACAGAGAAAAAUAGAUUGAUAUAUUAUUCCAUUCAUUAUAUAUGUUAGUACUUAUUAAGGCUUUAUGAAAUACAGACACAUCAAUUACCAGAGACACGAUAUUUUGUGUUUCUAACAUCCGACAUUUACUACGUAGUCAACAGUUUACCCGUGCAAUUUCAAAGUGUGGGCAUUUAGUUAUUGCAAUGUGAAUUCUUUGUUAGUUUUUAAACAAUUAACAAUUGUAAUACACAUAACAAAUGAGAAAGUAAGUUUUUCCUGUGUGUGUAUAUAUAUAUAUAUAUAUAUAUCAAGAACACUCGUUUAAAAAUAUUAACUUCACAUACUAAUGAGGAAUUUAGAUGAUUUUGUGGCAAUAAUACCACAAACAAUAUGCAGUGAAAAUACAAGUAUGUGGUUGAAAUUCCAUUGGAUUUGUAUUUGUUUUGGGGAUGGGACUGAAGGGAGGGUUGGGCAACAAAACUAUGUAAAUACAGUUGUAAUACAGAGACUGCACUUCCUGCAAAAUGUCCCUGGUUGGACUCACAGUAUUUAUCAUAAAAUCUAUAAAGCCACAUAUAGUGAAUCAAUCUUAAGAUGCAGAUUUAUUGAAGUGCAAUGCAGUGUAUUACCCUAUAGAAAGGUAAUGCCAAUUAAAUAUGGCAGAACAAGUAUACAUUUGUCCCAAGCAAGCUUGAGGACGAGAGUAAAAUGUAACUUAAUGAUCAUGAAUUUAACUUUCACAACUGUAUAAACAGUAAUUCUUAUUUCCUUAUAUCUGUGCAUGGUGAUGUUGGUCCCAUAUACUAUGUAUUUGUGAUUAAUUUAGAGAGGCUUUGUCUUGGUACUAUUUCAUCAAUACUCAAGUGAGCAGUAACAGAUGUACUUAUCCAAGAUUAAAGUGCUCCACUGUGAUUA